AUGUGGCACUUAAGGUUGUCAAGCACGUCAUUCGACCCAAGGGUGGUUUAUGAUGGACACCCUACAUUGUUUACCAUCAAGCUACAUCAUGGAGGUGAGUUCACAAAGUUUCCAAAUGUCAACUACAUUGAGGGUACUGUGACGUAUGUAGAUAUGGUGGAUAUAGAAGAGUUUUCUAUUCACGAGAUGGAUGCGAUUAUGAAAGGGUUAGGAUACUCAGUUCCUCCAGUUAUCUACUAUCAUUUUCGAGUGCCAAAGGGAGACAUGCAUUUUGGGCUACGGGCCCUAGGAAAUGAUGAUGAUGUCCUCAAUCUUUCCCAGUAUGUGAAGGAGCAUAAACUGAUAAGGGUUUACACCGAGCAUGGUAUUACUAACUUGCUUACUUACUUUAUGGCUCCUAAACCUGACAAACCAUUGUCAUCAUGUAUUAAGAAAUUGGUGAUGGAUGAUGUUAGUGUUGAUAGGAUUGGUGGGAAUAAGGAUGAUGCAGAUAAUGAAAUUGACCACGGAUUUAAUGAAUUUGAUGAGGAAUGUAAUGAUAUUAACCAGGAUUUUAAUGAAUUUCAUGAGGCAUGUAAUGAUAUUAACCAGGGAUUUAAUGAAUUUGAUGAGGCAGCUAAUGACUUUGAUAUUGGAUUGUACCAACAGAUUUUACAGUCUAAUGAACAGAAUGUAGAUGAUGAGGUUCAUGAAGGUGAGGAAAAUACAGUUAAUAAGGAAGUCACUGAAGAAGAGAAUCAUGACAGAAAUGAAAUGAAUGAUGAGAAUGUAGAGAUGAGAGAUUUUGCAGUUGAUGAUGGAAGUGAAGAUAACAUAGAGAUUGAUGAAGACAAUACUGAAAGAAGUGAUGAGAGUGAGGACAGUGAUGAUAGUGAUUUCUGGGUGGAUGAAGACAACAUCAUCCCUGAUGUAGAAGUAGACAUGAGGGAUUUUUACAUGAAUAUAGAUCUUGAAGCAGAAUUUCUUGAAAAAAGAUUACCAAAGCAUAGAGAGAAUGACAGUGAUGAGGUCAAUGAAGAGUUGGAUGUUAUAGAUAAUGAUCAAUGGGAUUCAUUGGAUGAGGGUUCUGAUAUAGAUAGGAAAAGAAGAGCUGUAAUAAAGGAAUUGGGGAAGGAGACUAGGUGCUCUCAAGCAACAACAGUACCAGAGUUCAAUCAUAGGAUGCAUCAAUUCAGCUCAUAUGAUGUAGAAGCUUAUAAUUGGUUGAAGCAGAUUCCCCCACAACAUUGGGCAAGAAGCCACUUCACAGGCAGAGCAGUUUCAGAUAUGCUUCUGAAUAAUCUUUGUGAAGUUUUUAAUAGCAAAUUGAUUGAGGGAAGGGACAAGCCACUGAUAUCCUGCUUGGAGUACAUUAGGGAGUAUAUGAUGAAAAGAAUAUGCAAUGUCAUAAAGGUUCAAAAGAAGUGUGUUGGUCCACUAACCCCAUCUGCAACAAAGAUCAUGGAGAAGAAUGUGAAUUGGGCAUCUCAGUACACAGUUAGGUGGAAUGGGUCAGAUAAAUACCAAGUGCAAGGGCCAUGGCAGGAUCAACAUGUUGUUGAUAUGGUUGAAAGAGUAUGCAGUUGUAGGAAGUGGGAAUUAACAGGACUCCCUUGUAAGCAUGUCAUUGCAGUCCUAAAUGACAAAGCAGAUAAUGGUGAGGAAGUUGGAGAACUGCACACUUAUGCCCACAGGGUGCACUGGCUAGAAACAUGGAAAGCAGCUUAUGUGUACAAGCCUGGAAGGCCAAAGAAAAAGAGGAGGCACUCUGCUGAGGAGAAAAGCCAGAAGAAGGGAGACAAUGUUGCUAGUGGUAGUGGGAGUCAAAGCAAUAUUGCUAGUAGGAGUGGAAAGCUUACAAGAAAGUUUAUCCAAGUAACCUGCAGCAAGUGUAAAAUUAAAGGGCACAAUGCUAGAACUUGCAAAGGCCAAGGGGGUAAGUGA